AUGGGGAUGGAGAGAGAUAGCAAUGAAGAUGAUAUUGUGAAAGGAUGGGCUGGAAUUAUGUCUCUUCCAAGGACGAUUUGGCUGGAAAGAAGCGGGAAGAAGCUGAUGCAAUGGCCAGUCGAAGAAAUCAACAAUCUCCGAGCCAAAAAUGUUAGCUUGGAGAGUAAGCUACUCGAAGGCGGCUCCAUGCUUGAAAUCUCUGGCAUCUCUGCUUCUCAAGCCGACAUAGAACUAGCCUUUCAUCUACCUGAUCUAGAAAAUGAUCUCGAGGUUUUGGAUUUGGACGAAGCUGAUGAAGCGAGUUUAAUUGCUGGAUAUAGCGCAUCAGUUAGAGGCGUUUACGGGCCUUUUGGAUUGUUAGCAGUAGCUAGCAAUGAUUUAUCAGAGCACACUGCAAUCUUCUUUAGAGUUAUUCGUCGUGAGAAUGGAUAUGCGGUUCUAAUGUGCGGCGAUGAGAGCAAGUCUUCGUUGAGAGACAACAUCGAAAAAGCUUCGCUUGGAACAUUACUAGACAUUGAUCCAAGACAUGAGAAGAUCUCAUUAAGAUGUUUGAUCGAUCACUCGGUUAUCGAGAGCUAUGGGGGAGGAGGAAAAAGUGUGAUAACAUCUAGGGUUUAUCCAAAAAUUGCAAUUGGUGAAGAAGCUAGGCUUUACGUGUUCAAUCAUGGAACAAAAGGUGUGAUCAUGUCGUCUUUGGAAGCUUGGAGCAUGAGAAAAGCCCAUAUAAAUUCAAACACAAUAUAA